CCCCCCCCCUCUCUCUCUCUCUCUCUCUCUCUCUCAAACCCUCUCUAUUUCUCUUUCCUCCGGUGACAUCACUCUCUUUUUUCCGGCGACUCACCGAUGGAUUUGAGCAGCAAGAACGCCGGAGCAGUGACGCCUUCGAAAAACCCACAAGCCAAUCGAUCAAAGAUUUCCGAAAUCUCAAAACAUUCGGAGAAUUCCAAUCCUAACUUGACAAGCCCUAGUUUGAAAUCAUCGAAAUCACCAGCAAUCAAGUCUGCUAUGAAGACCCAGAGAUCAGCGGCGAAAAACCCUAACCUCGUCGCUUCUCCGUCGCCGAAGAAGAAGAUUCGCGAGAGGAAGUUCGUGGUUGCGAAAAGGAAUUCGAAGAAAGAGAAAACAAAUUCCACAACAGUCUCAUGUCAGUGCAAAGACAAAGUUGGGGGUAAUUCACAGAAGUGCUUGUGUCUUGCUUAUGAGACUCUCAGGGCUUCUCAAGAAGAGUUUUUCAAGAAUCGGGGAGCUAUUGAUGAUGGCGAUGGAGUUGAAGAAGAAGUGGAGGAAGAGAAGAACCCUGUGAUUCAAACCCUAGAAAUUUCAAAUGGGUAUGAAAGAAAACCAGAGGAAAUUGAUGGUUUGGCAAUGAAUGGAUCGAAUAGGGAUAACGCAGAUGAGAUCAAGCAGUCUGGUGAAAUGGGUAGUUCACAAAUCAAGAGAAGGAGAGACAAGUCAGGAAAAGUGAUGCUUUUGGUUAAGGCCUUUGAGGGGCUUCUUACAAUACCAAAUCCAAACUCAGAGGAUUCAGAUCAGAAGGAUGAGAAAGAAUCAGAAGAUGAUAAGAAGGGGAUUGAACCGGCAUCGUUGGGACCGUACCAUAAGGUGCCUGAAACACAGGUCUCUUCGUCUUCAUUCUGCCCAUCAGAUUUUUUCCUGACAUCAGAGAGUUUAGGUUUGGAUUCGUGUGUUUCGUCUUCAUUAGACAGCAACCAUGGAAGUUCAAGCAGGACUUCUGGUGGUGGCCACAGAAGUCGACGAAAUAGCUCUGAAUCAUGUGGGACCUUUGGUGGAAGCCGUUGGAAGAAGAAGCAGCUCAUAGCGACAAGCCAAAAACCCUUCAAGCUUCGAACAGAGCAAAGGGGAAAAUACAAGGAGGAAGAUUUCAUCAAGAAAGUACAACAAAUGAUGACGGAGGAGGAGAAACAACGGAUACCAAUUGCUCAAGGUGUCCCAUUGACAACAGAUGAGCCAGAGUGCUUGGUAAAACCUCCAGUCAAAGAAACCACAAGGCCAGUUGAUCUGAUGCUGCAUACCGAUGUCAGGGCUGUGGAGCGAGCUGAGUUUGAGCAACAGAUGGCAGAGAAGAUGAGCCGUGUUGUACAGUACAGGAUGGAAAGGGAAAGACAGCAGAAGUUAGCAGAAGAAGAGGAAAUCAAGAGGCUGAGAAAGGAGCUUGUUCCAAGAGCUCAACCCAUGCCUUAUUUUGACCGGCCUUUCAUCCCUAGAAGGUCAGUGAAGCACCCCACCAUGCCCAAAGAUCCGAAGUUCCAUAUCCCACCACAGCAUAAGAAGAUCAAGUGUUGCAUGUCUUGGAAUGAUUUGUUGUCUCUACACACAAACAAUGAAAUGCAAUGAAGGAAGAUUUUUUUUUUUUUUUUAAUAUUCAAUUUAUUUGUUGUCGAUUGCCUAAUAAAUGCUACUUUUUUUCUUCUCUUCAUGCUCUCCAAUAUUCUUCCCUCUUGUAUAUUUGAAGCAAUCAAAUUAGUUGCAAUUUUGGUGGAACAA